AUGGCAGCCUUGCAGGAGUGCGGAUACUGGCUAUUCAAUCAUUCAGCCCAAAGAUCAGGCCUAUUGAACACACCCAAUGAUUUGAUCUUCGCAUGGCAAGAAUCAAGAUGCUGGUUCAGCGGCAUACAGCCGUCCGUUCCGGUCCCGCAGAUAGGUGUGCCUUUGAGUUUUCAGUUGCCUUUGUUUUUCCUGCAACGUGUGCUCUUUGUUCAGUCUUCAAUGCGUCGCGAAGCAGUAAAGCUCAUGAAACUUUCGCGAGAGGGAAAUGGUCUGCAAGAGGAUACUCUACAAAUGCAAGAAGGACGAGGACGUCGAAAAAGGGCGAAGCCGAGCGAAACGAAGCCGGGCGAACCGACCCACCGUCACUGGAGAAACUAUGGAGCAACACCCAAUUCGCAUACGAAAAUCGCCUGGCGAAGCCGAGCGAACCGAAGCCGGGCGAACCGACCCACCGUCACUGGAGAAACUAUGGAGCAACACCCAAUCCACAUACGGAAGGGGAUUGCCGGGCAAAGCCGGGCGAACCGACCCACCGUCACUGGAGAAACUAUGGAGCAACACCCAAUUCGCAUACGAAAAUCGCCUGGCGAAGCCGAGCGAACCGAAGCCGGGCGAACCGACCCACCGUCACUGGAGAAACUAUGGGGCAACACCCAAUUCGCACACGAAAUCGCCACGCGAAGCCGGGCGAACCGACCCACCGUCACUGGAGAAACUAUGGGGCAACACCCAAUUCGCAUACGCACGCGAACCGGGGAACGCGAAGCCGGCGAGCCGACCCACCGUCACAUGGAGAAACUAUGGGGCAACCACCCAGUUUCGCAAUACGGAAGGGGAUUAGCCGGGCAAAGCCGGCGAACCGAAGCCGGCGAACGGGCGACUGACGCCGACUUUAAGAAUAACUAUGGAGAAAACUAUGGAGCAACACCCAAGUUCGCAUACGAAUCGCCAGGCGAAGCCGAGCGAACCGAAGUCCGGGCGAACCGAUCCACGCGAAGCCGAGCGAAAACGAAGGCCGGCGAACCGAUCCACCGGUCACUGGAGAACUAUGCGAGCAUAUCACAUAGCCAUUCGCAAAUACGAAAAUCGCCUGGCGAAGCCGAGCGAACCGAAGCCGGGCGAACCGACCCACCGUCAGCUGGGAGAAAGCUAUGGAGCAAACACCCAUUCGCAAUACGAAAAUCGCCUGGGCGAAGCCGAGCGAACGAAGCCGGGGCGAACCGACCCGCCGUCACUGGAAGAAACUAUGGGGCAACACCCAGUGCCACAUCGGAAGGGGAUUGCCGGGUAAAAGCCGGGCGAAACCCGAAGCCUGGGCGAACCGAAUCACCGUCAGCUGGAGGAACUAUGAGGGAAAAGCGAACCCAGUUCGCAUACGGAAGGGGAUUGCCGCGCAAAGCCGGGCGAGAACGCGAAGCCGGGCGAACCGAAUCACCGUCAGCUGGAGAAACUAUGGAGGGAAAUCCAGUUCGCAUACGGAAGGGGAUUGCGGGCAAAGCCGGCGAACCGAAGCGGGCGAAGACCGAUCACCGUGCCAGUGGAGAAAGCUAUGGGGGCAACAACCCAUUCGCAUACCGAAAUCGCCACGCGAAGCCGGGGAACCGAAGCCGGGCGAGCCGACCACCGUCACUGGAGAAACUAGGGGGCAAACACGCCAGUUUCGCCGUACGGAAGGGGAUUGCCGGGCAAACGGGCGAACCGAAGCCGGGGCGAACCGACUGA